AGACGUAUCGGCGUGAGUCACGCACCUGCCACGCACCACGCCAGCCGCCCAUCUCUAGCUGGUGCCCCCGAAAGGCGAAAAACACGUAAAGUUUUCGAAAUAAAAUGCUGAGAUUAGCCGAUUAAGCGGCGCGCGGGCUCGUAACCAGACGUUUUCAAGUAUUAAACUACCGAUUAAGCAACACCUCCACUUAGUGACAUAGUUUAGGUAUCAGCCCGAGCACCGUUAUCGCCGCUUUUCCGCUUUUCCUCGCUGCCAAAAAGCGCUGCAUGUCCAUUUUUGGUGAAGAAUUUCUCGCCAAAAUUCUCGCCCUUGGCCGGACGCAAUGAGAGAUGAGAUUUAACUGGCUGAGCGAGUACGUGGCCAGCAUAUCAAGCAGCAUUGCAUCGACCUCUCCGUGGAGCCAACUGCAACAGCAGGUGCAGCAGCUCGUCCCCAAUCCGCAGGCCAUCUACUGCCGUAUCAGGUCCUCAUCCGCCGAAGCACUGGAGCACGUACUGAUCGCCUGUGCGGUGUACUUGCUAGUAUGCCUGGGCCUCUACAAGCUCACCUUCUGGCUCUCGGAAUCGGCGACCGCAUCCGGACCGGGAGCACACAACACAAACGACAGCAACAAUGCCGAGUCGGGCGAGGAGGACGAACUGAAUCAAAAUCCGGAUGGGAAUCCCAGUCCUGGUGGCCUGAAGCAGGCCCUGCAAUCCGGACUGCGGCUGCGUAGCGUCCGGCUGCCCAAGACGGCGCACAUGGAGCGCGUCCUUCUGAUCACCGCCCAUCCGGAUGACGAGUGCAUGUUCUUCGGACCGCUGAUCUACUCGCUGACGCAGCGCCAAGGCUGCCAGGUGUACAUACUCUGCCUGUCCAACGGCAACUUCGAGCACAAGGCGAAGGUGAGGCGCCAGGAACUGUGGCGCUCCUGCUCCAAACUGGGCAUACCCGAGUCCAACAUCGUGCUGAUGAAUGCCACCAACCUGCCGGACGACCCCUACGUGGACUGGCGCCCAGAUGCCGUGGCCAGUCUGAUACUCCACGCCGUCGAAAGCCUCGACAUCCAGGCGAUAUUCACGUUCGAUCGCGAUGGCGUAAGCUCGCAUCCGAACCAUUGUGCCGUGUAUUACGCGGCCGCCUCGCUCUGUUUGGCCAACCUUUUGCCCAAAGAUUGCAAGUUUUACACCUUGGACUCGAUCAAUGUGGUCAGAAAAUAUCUGUCGAUCUUGGAUCUGCUGUGCACGUGCUUUAUGUCUACGCAUUGGUGCAUACUUAACUGGAAGGAGGCUGCGAUCGUGAGGAGCGCGAUGAAGGAGCACCAGUCGCAGAUGAGAUGGUUCCGCUGGCUCUACAUAUACACCUCGCGCUACAUGUUCAUCAAUUCGAUGCGGCAGAUAAAUCUCUCGGAUGUGGAACUGGAAAUGCAGAUACAUGACAACUAGCAAAAAAGUGGAUACGAUUGAACGCCAAAAGACAAACUACCUUCACGAUCGGAUGCUCCGGGUGGCAGAGCGAGUGGUUUUUAUUUUAGACUCUGACGAUUCUACUAGUAUAAAUGUAUGUAACUACUGUUGGCCAAAUCGAUCGAUAGUAAUUGGAAAGCUAUAUCCAAACCAACCAGGGAACAAAGAACCAGCAAAGCGGCAGUACCAUAGGCAACCGAAACCACAAAACAGUCCAUUAAUUAGUUCCACUCUCACAUAUAAAAUGGCAUAUCUUUAAAUCUUAUUAGUUAGCUCUAAUUAUUAUUUAUACUCAGUCCAAGCAAUGUUCCAAAGUGUGCGAUGUAGUCAAAUGCUUAAAAAUUAAAAAUGUAUGCGUUAUUAUAAUUGUUGUUAGCUUAUGUUUUCUUUUUCCAAUUUGUAUUUGUGUACAUUGAUUCCCCCCUUAGCAUACACACCUUUAGUGAGUCACUUUCGUUCUUGUAAAAUUGUAAAAUAGUUUGUUGUAAGCAGCGAAGUACAAUAAUAAUUUUAUAAAAUAUAUUUACAUAAAUAUAUAAAUGAAUGUAUGUAUACACAUGAACAAAUCUACCGAUGAGCCAGAGAGGAUAGAUUCUAGAAUGCUGUUAAAGAAUAUUUAUUUGAAGUAUUUUAAUGACCGCACUUUCAAAUUAAUUGUUUUAUGGGCCCACGCAGAACUUAGUAAAAUGCGAAGCGAUUUUUGUUGCAAUACUUAAAA